ACCACACAUUUUGUCCAAUAAUACAAUGCUUGUUUUCACAAAUCACAAUCGAAUCAUACGAUAUUACUUCUACCUUUUGUUUAUAUAUACGCAUGCGUAUGAAAGCAUGCAGGGCUCGCAUUCUGAAGCUGCAGCUCACUGCAUCUCAGCCAUGGCAUCUAGUAUUCCGAAGCUUCUGCUGCUCCUGCUGUGCACCUAUCUUCACACUCUCGUUGCUCACGGAGGAUACGAUCUUCAGAGCUACAAGGUUCUGCACGCUGGCGCUCUCAAAUCUGCCACUAUCAACUGCUCCCAGCCCAAAGUGACACCAUCAUCCGGCGGCGUCACGGUGCCGUUGCACAACCGGCACGGCCCGUGCUCCCCCGUGCCCUCCACGAAGGCGCCGACCUUGGAGGAGAUGCUCCGACGUGACCAGCUCCGGGCCGCCUACAUCACACGGAAGUACUCCGGCGUCAAGGGUGGCGCAGGUGACGUGGAGCAAUCGGACGUUACCGUGCCGACCACGCUGGGCACCUCGCUGGGCACGUUGGAGUACUUGAUCACCGUCGGCAUCGGCUCGCCGGCCAUGACCCAGACCAUGCUCAUCGACACCGGCAGCGACGUGUCCUGGGUGCAGUGCAAGCCGUGCUCGCAGUGCCACACCCAGGCGGACUCGCUCUUCGACCCCAGCUCGUCGAGCACCUAUUCCGCGUUCCCAUGCAGCUCCUCCGCCUGCGCGCAGCUCCGCCGGAGCCAUCAGGGGAACGGCUGCUCCUCCCGCUCCCAGUGCCAAUACAUUGUCAAAUACGGCGACGGUUCGAGCGGGACCGGGACCUACAGCUCCGACAAGCUCGUGCUGGGCUCCAGCACCGUCAAGAACUUCCAGUUCGGGUGCAGCCAGUCAGAGUCGGGCAACCUUCUCAAAGACCAGACCGAUGGGCUCAUGGGGCUCGGCGGCGGCGCUCAGUCGCUCGCUACCCAGACCGCUGGGACCUUCGGCAAGGCCUUCUCGUACUGUCUCCCGCCGACUACGGGCUCGCCCGGGUUCCUCACCCUCGGCGCAGCAACCUCGGGUUUCGUCAAGACGCCGAUGCUGAGGAGCAGUCAGGUCCCGGCGUACUACGGCGUGCGCCUUCAGGCCAUCAGGGUGGGAGGCAAGCAACUCAGCAUACCCACCUCGGUCUUCUCCGCCGGGUCGAUCAUGGACUCCGGCACAAUCAUCACGCGCCUGCCGGCGACCGCGUACUCUGCGCUGUCGUCGGCGUUCAAGGCCGGCAUGAAGCAGUACCCGCCGGCGCAGCCCAUGGGCAUCUUCGACACGUGCUUCGACUUCAGCGGCCAGUCCAGCGUCAGCAUACCAACCGUCGUACUGGUGUUCUCCGGUGGCGUCGCCGUCAACCUCGCUUCUGACGGGAUCAUUCUGGGCAGCUGCCUUGCCUUCGCGGCCAACAGCGACGACAGCUCCCUCGGCAUCAUCGGCAACGUGCAGCAGCGCACGCUUGAGGUGCUGUAUGACGUCGGUGGCGGCGCCGUGGGAUUCAAGGCUGGCGCAUGCUGAUCGGCGCGCACAAGCACGCCAUUGAUACUAUUGGGAUCUCCAGUUCGUCGUAUACUUGUUUGCUGCUGCGAGGGGCCAAACCAUCAGCGCACUAUAGUGCUUCGACUUGCAACGUGAUGCAAGCGUGCAAACUACCAACCAAAACAUACUUGUAAUUUAUUGAAAAAAAAACAUACUUGUAAUUGUCUGCCGG